AUGUCGGAAGCCUCUAAGCCUCCUGAUGCACAGCGCAGCCCCAAGCGUCCGAUCGACCACAUUGAUAUCUCAUCAACCAUGAUGCCUCCCCCUCCCAAGAAGUCGCGUCUGGCUCACCUGGUCGAGUCCAUCAUUACCGGUUGUUCAGACCCAGACUUUGUUGACAAAGCACGUUUCAACCAUACAAUCGACCAGACUACCCUUGCUCCUACUCCAUGCAACAUUACCACCAAAGAGGUCUUUGAAGGUGACAGUGUUAUAGUUUCCAAUUCCAUCACAUCAUUGGAUGGUAGUUAUGGCCUUCUUUCACCACCACCUUCCGAACCAAGAGCCUCUCCUUACGAAGGAAGAGACUUGUCAUGGGACGCUGCCCGAUCGCUACAAAUCACUAAUCUGCCAGACAAAGUUUUGAGAAUCAUCCUCUCCCAUGUCUUGGUGACACCCAAGGUAGCCUCAGAAUGUGUCCGGCCAUGGUACAAACACGGCAUGCUCGGUGGCUACAUUAGGACAGGCAAUGACCCACAGACCAACACCAUACAAGAGGUCACUCGAGACAAUGUUGACAUUGCCCAGACCAUGCUGGUGUGUAAGAAGUUUGCAGAGCUUGGCCAGGAUGUGUUCUAUGGAGAGGCCUGGUUUCAAUUUCAAGAUGCCAAUGCGUUCAAUUGGUGGUACAAACAGAUUGGGCCCCAAAACGUGGCUCGACUUCAGAAACUUGCUAUACAAGUCAUACCUGGCUUUCAAGUCGAUGGACGGGUCCUAUCCAGCCUUGAUGUGAGCAGUGAGCAGAGAUGGCUCCAAUGCUUUCAGCAGUUGCGCCUGAGACACAAAUUGGUCACCCUUGAGGUUACUGUGACUGUCGUCAAUAAGAAACAUUUCGUCAACAAAGAGGGACUUGCUGAAGUUCGCCAGUAUCGGCGUCUCCUGCUUGAUGAGCUGUUGAGAUAUCGAAACCUGAAGUUCGCCCUCCUCAUUGAUCAUACCGGAACCUGGGGUGAUAGAUACCAGUGCCAAGAGCAUGCAUACGCCAUGACUCGUCAAGAAGAUGUCACAAAAAAUGCACUACGACUUCCUGUCAAGCGCCCUACCUUGGAUCAACUGCGAGCGGAAAUUCGGCUAAGUCACAAGGAACAGGCAAUUGUGGCCAGGGAGCAGCGUGAUCGAGAAAAACAUGAGCGGGAAAAGCGUGCUUGGGAGAGGCGUACUCGGAGGUACCAAACCUCAAAUUAUCUUCUCAAUGAUUUUCGCUUCGACCCUACUUCCACUGGAUCAUUCUAUGGGAGUACAUGCAAGCCCAUCUCAUCUCGACCAACAACUCGCCAGACAUACAUCAGCGAUUAUUCCAGUUCACACAUGUCCACAAGCUCCCAGGGGCUUAGCCCCAGAGCAGACACUGGAUCACUUCAUUCUCAGACUCCUCUGUCGCCCAUACCCGGCUUUUUCAACACCCAUCAGUCCACAGAAUCCCUAAUAUUCGACCCAGUUGCGAAUGAUCCGUCAUAUCGUUCAGAAACCCCACCAACAUUCGAGAAUGACGUCCCUGCCCCAGCUGGCACGCUGAGAUCGCGUCCAAGCAAGACAUAUUCCAAAAAGAAUAGGCGUCAAGAUAGUCAAUCGAUCUUCGACUUUGAGCCCUGGGUGUUGCGCGCAGAAGAGAUGGAAGAUGGUCAAGCAUGA